AUGGUCAGUAUUGAAGGCGCCCGACUUUUGAAGCCCAUAGAAGAGGAGGAGGCGGCUUUUUCCUCUGAGUUUGGGUGUUUUGGGUGUUGUUUUGGUUACAGAUCUGUUAAUAAUGGCCAUGAAAAUUGGUGGCGCCAAGGAUUGUCAAAGAGUAUGAAGAAGGCUCGAGAAUGGUCAGGAUCUGUUGUACACAAGGCAGGGAAUAGUGGGCAGAAAUUGAGGAAUCUUGUGCGCAGGUUGAAGAACAGGAGCAAUAAUGGUGAUAAUGGUACAGAUAUGAAAGCAGGGGUAUUUCGUUAUGACCCUUCAAGUUAUGCUCUUAAUUUCGAUGAUGGAUCGAGGGAAGACCACCAAGCUUUUGUUCGCGCAUGUCACUGA